AUGGAGCUGGAGAAGCAGCUUCUGUGUCCUGUGUGUUUGGAGAUGUUCAGUAAACCUGUGGUGAUCCUGCCCUGUCAACACAACCUGUGCCGAAAAUGUGCAAGCGACGUUCUACAGUCUGGGGGCUCUUCUGGUCCUGGGGGCCGGUUCCGCUGUCCCUCCUGUCGCCAUGAGGUGGUGCUGAACCGACACGGAGUCUAUGGACUGCAGCGCAACCUGCUGGUGGAGAACAUAAUCGACAUCUGCACACAGCACAACAGAGCCACGACCCUCUCGGUGAACGCCGCCGUGAGUGCUAAGCCCCGCCCCCUGCGCCUCAUGUGUGACGAGCAUCCGGACGAGCCAAUCAACAUCUACUGCUGUGGCUGCGACACGCCCACCUGCUCCCUCUGCAAAGUGUUCGGGGUUCACCAGGACUGUGAUGUCGCACCUCUGAGACAAGUGUACGAGGAGAAGCAGGUGGAGGUGAGUGAGGGCAUCGCGGGCCUCGUCGCCGUUAACGACCAGGUCCAGGCUUUGAUCUCAGAGAUGGAGAAGGUCUGCAGGACUGUGGAGGAGCAGAGCCGGGUGUGUGUGGAUCUUGUGGGCCGCAGUCUGGACGGUCUCAUCCUGAUCCUGGAUCAGAAGAAGCAGCAGCUUCUGAGCACCAUCGCAGCAGAGGAGGAGCAGCGGCUGACACACGUGCGCGCUCUGACACACGCCCACACACAGAAGCUGCAGACAGGAGCCCAGCUGGUCCACCGUGCAGUGCUCACCAUGGACCACCAGGGGCACAUGGCCACAUUCAUACAGGUGAGGGGGGAGACCAGUUGA